UGUUUGGAUGUACUUUAUUGCAAUGUACUGUAUUGUGAAAACAACCCUCGAGGAAAGCAUCCACGCGUGUAGACAAAGUCCUCGAAUCAUCGGAAAACAUGGUUUUGUUUCGUGGGUCGUGUAUCCUCAAAUCUGAAACGCCCAUGGUCCAUCUUUGAUUGACAGAAAUAAUCGGCCAAUCCCUGACGACAUGACGUAUGGCUCUCGACCUAUGGUUAUUCUAAAGAGGGCGGGACCAUAAUUGCUAAGCGCACCGGAUCCUGUUAUGUGUACGCGCCUACUGGUAUCUAGUCCUGAAGAACGGUGACCACUCUGAAUAAAAUAACUUACUGUGGGCUAAAAUCGAACAUGCUUUCACCAUGUGAAGCAUGCUAAUUAAUUUCCGUGUUUUCUCGCAUUUUUCAAGUUGAAGUAGAGAAGUCAAUGGUGCUGCUAUUGUGGUUUAUAUGCUCCGUGUUUGUUGGAUCACCACAUUUAGAAGACUGAAGGAUGGCAGGAAGUUCCAAGCCUGCACAAGAUAAAGAACGCCUGAGGGACUCAAUGACACGUUUCCACAGCUACCUCCAUGGUGGGACAUCAAGCUUGUUGUCCACGCUUAUUGUCUUCCCGGUUUACAAGACUGUUUUCCGCCAACAAAUCCACAACAUCCAGGUUCACCGGGCCGUAAAACAGCUCCACAAAGAAGGCCUUGUGAAGCUCUACAGGGGGGUGACCCCACCAUUAGUGAUGAGGACACUUAGUGGCACACUGCUCUUUGGACUGCAGGACACCUUCCUCCGCCUGCUCUCCUUGCCCUCCCUCAGCAUCAUCCCCUCCUCUCUGCAUCCUGGUGUAGCGGGCCUCGGUGUGGGAAUGGUGGAGGCACUGGUAUUUACACCGUUUGAGCGUGUUCAAAAUGUGUUGCAGAGUGGCCACAAUGACCGCCAGCUCCCAACUUUAAAGAGUGUUCUUGUUAAGCUAAAGGCGCAAAAGCUGUCCUCUGGCUACUACCGGGCCUUCCUGCCCGUCACGGCUCGCAAUGCCCUAGGCAGCUCCCUUUACUUUGGUUUGAAGGGGCCCUUGAGUGCUGCUGUAGCUGGACAGGGGCUUUCUCCAUUGGUGUCUUCUUUCAUUUCUGGGACUGUGGCUUCCAUGGCAAUCAGCCUCAGCCUGUACCCGCUGUCUGUGCUCGUGGCCAACAUGCAGGUGGAAGUGCAGACAGAGGUGAAAGGGGUGAUGGCCUGCUGGAGGAUGCUGUGGAACUCAAGGCAGAGGAGUGUCCUGUUACUGUAUCGAGGUGGUGCUCUGGUUAUUCUGAGAUCGUGUAUCACCUGGGGAAUCACCACAGCCAUCUAUGACAGGCAGCAAAAAAGCUCAGGCUGAGCAGAUGUUACUAUAAAUAUAACAGAAAUUCAAUAUAUCCCACUCCACAGUUUCUGGAUUUAUCCAAACUUCAAUAAUUGACUAAAGUCAAAGAGGUAAAUUGUCAUUUCAAUCACCCUGUGACAGAAAAUCCAAUAAAUUUGACAUUCAAACAAGGGUAUAGCUAAUAUACAUAGAACAGAGUUCACCAACUCCAGUCCUCUAAGGCAGUGAUUCCCAAACAGUGUGCUGUGGCACAUUAGUGUGCCAUGAGAGCUCUAACAAUGUGCCGUGGUAACUUCAAAUUUAUUGGUGAGAAAAUUAUUUAUGAAUAACAAAUAAUGUAUCUUUGUCCCUCUAUCGAUGCCAGAAUUUAUAGUGUCAGAAAGAACAGAUCAAUUAUCUUCUAUUAGAUGGCAAUAAGUAGGAAAAUGACAUAUGUAUCCUCUUUUUGGGACAAUUUUGUUUGGUAGUGUGCCGUGCAUUUUUUUUUUUUUUUUUUUUUUUACUUUAAAAAAAUGCGCUUUGGUUCAAUCACGGUUGGGAAUGACUGCUCUACGGCCCCUAUCCUGCAUGUGUUAUAUGUCUCCCUUCUCCAUCACUUCAUUUAAAUGAUCAGGAUUGUUAUAAGGCUUCUGCAGAGCUUGCUGAUGAUCUGAUCAUUUGAAUCAGG